UGGAAUGACUGGCAGCCACGGGACAGUGUCUGAGAAACAGUGAGUCAGGUGAGGAGACAAACAUAGAAUCCUCGCUGCAUAUGCUAUCCUUAACACAGCAGUCUCAAGCAUGGACACCCGGUCACUCUGCAGAAUGGUGAAUCUCCUAUUGUGUUUCAUGGAAGCCCUGGGCGCUGCUUCGAACGAUGACGGCUGGUCCAUGAAGGUUCAGGCGGAGGUGCGUGCCAUGGAGGGCUACCCGGUGGUGCUGCCUUGCUCCUUCACCCACCCCCACCACACGCUGCACUCCUCCCUGCAGGUGGUGUGGCGGCUGGGCCACGGCCAGGGCUCUACGGUGCUGUACCACUGCUCCUCUCCCACCGGGGCCAGGACCUGCCAGCCAGACCCCCAGCAGGACCAACGUUAUCGCCUGGAGGGGAACCCCCGAGAGCACGACCUCUCCCUGCGCAUCAACAGCGCCGCCCUGCAGGACAACGGACGCUACUACUGCCGUGUGGAGGUCCCCGGACACGCACACGCCAGCUACGAGGAUAAGAUGGGCACACGGCUUAGAGUGGAGGCUGCCCCACGAAUCCUGGGACUGUCAGUGGAGGGCAGUGAGGAAGCUGGCUACAGGGCUCAGUGUCGUGUCCAGGGCUCUCCCCUACCUGACGUCCAGUGGCUGGGGCCUGACGAGCACAUGGAAGGGUUCGACAUCUCGCCCCUCUCCCAGGAGUCCCUCGAGCAACAUCACACCACCAGCCAGCUCCGGGACGUCCUCCCUGGGCAGCAGUACACAUGUAGUGCCUCCAACCCCCUGGGGAAGGACCAGGCCACCCUGUACAUGCUGCCCCCCAGGCAGGUGCAGGUCUCUGGGGAGGCCCCUCCGCUGCUGCUCCUGCUCUCCCUCUCCCUGGGGUUCAAGGUGCUCCUGCUGCUGGGGAUGGUAGUCUGGCUGCCGCAGGGAGGAGGCCCAGCCUGGCUCAGAUGCUGGUUCAAAUGAUGUUUCUAUACGCAUACACACAUACAAAUGUUUUAACUUCUCAUACAUUUUUCCGUUUGCCUUCAAUAAACAAUACAUUGUGGACCUA